CGCUCUCGGAAAACCCUUAUUGAUUCAAUUUGGAAUGCAAUAGAUGAUGUUAGUUGUCCAUGGUGGUGUUAAAUGUUAAUCAGAUCGAUGGCCAGUGAUGCAUGCUCCUCAAACACGAGACGAGGCAUAGGGGGAGCCGGCGGACAACGGGAACUGAGAUCUGGAAAUGCAACCUCAAGUUCGCUGCAACCUCAGGAUGUAAUAGAUGGUGUGGCCCCAAAAUGCUUCUGUGAAAAAUAUGCCAUCAGUUACAUGUCGAAGACAGACACCAACCCAAAUAGGUUAUUUUUUGGAUGCCCAUUAUUAAAGGUGACAGAAGCACAUUGCAAGUUCUUUCUCUGGGUUGAUGACCACAUUGUUAGGGUCAUAGCGGGGGAGGCUACAAGGGGAUCGGGUGACGGGAAGCAGAGUGAUAUUGGAAAACAUUUGGGAAUGGAUAACUUGAUAGACCAUGUAGAGGAAAGAAUAGCAAAACUGGAGAAGCUGCUGAACAAGAAAAGUAGAGAAGCACAGUUGAGGAAAAAGGCUAGAGAAGCAGCUGCAAAAGACAUGGAGGCUUCAUCAACAACGUCUAUUGAUUAGCUGCAAACCAGAACCCGAAGCACCUCGAUUAGGUUCAGAAACUUAAGAAUAAUUUCCUUCUUUGCUGAAAAUUGCUACUGGAAUGUAGAGACACAAAUGUUUGAAGCUUUAAAAGCAAAAAUUGUCGAAGACGUUCAUCUGAUUUGGGCAACAUGGUUGGAAUUUGUUUAUGUUUCUAGUUACGUGUUUUUGUUUUACCCAUAGAUACGUAUAUGUUUUGUGGUAUUUAUUUUUGUGACUUAGUUACCAAAAUUCCCUACUAAUUUCAAUAUCGUAUGAAGGCUAAUAUGUUGUAGUAAGUCAGCCUGAAUACCAGAAAAUAGCAACCUUUUUAUUAGUGAAACGAAUGCUUAAGAUUGCAGUCAUGUUAUAACUCAAUCUUCGGCAAUUCUGUAAGAGGAGGAAGGAGAAGGGCAUGACAAUAUACACCGAUGAUUUGGUGAC